AUGGAGACAUCCAAGGAUACCGAUGAAGAAGAAACCAAAAAAGACUCCAAGAACCCCUUCAAAAGCAAGUACGGAAUGGUUUCAAGUCACAAAAAAGGGACAAACUUACGUGAUUACGGCGAGAAGCUGCCAGUGGGAUCUACUAAGACGAAGCUACCUGCCAGGUUUUCCAGGAUCUUGGAGGUCACAAAUCCAGCUAGUGCACUCAGGGAGCCCAUCGCCAUUAGUAUGAAUUUUACUAAUGCCGAGUUCAACAAUGAUUCAGAUAGAAUACUGAAAUCUAUUGGGAGCUCUUCAGAUGCUACUUUGAGGAAGCCCAGGGGAGAGAAAGAGUACCCGGUCGAUGAGAGGAAUGUGGAGACUAACAAGGACUUUGAAGGUGGGAAUACACCGGUAAGUCCAUCAAUUAUCGUGAAGAAGUUUCCAGGGUUAAGUGAUGCUCCUCAUACACAAAACCCAUCCAUAGAAUAG